AUGUUACUUUGCAUCUACCUCCUUACCCUCUGUGGCAAUGGCAGUAUCUUCUUUUUGGUCAUCUUUGACCAGCAUCUGCACACCCCAAUGUACUUCUUUGUUGGCAACUUGUCAUUUUUGGACAUGAGUUACACCUCGGUGACCAUCCCGAAGAUGUUGUCCAAGUUCCUGAUGAACCUGAAUACCAUUUCCUACCCUGCCUGCUUUGCUCAGAUGUAUAUUUUCCUGUCGCUAGGAUCGGCAGAGUGUUUACUCCUGGCCAUAAUGGCCUACGAUCGCUACAUAGCUAUAUGCUCACCCUUACACUACCAAACCAUCAUGACAAAGCGGUUUUAUUUAAUACUGUCCGCUGUAGCUUGGACUGGGGGCUUUGCAACUCCGCUCACAGCCACACUUCUUGCCUUGAAGUUACCUUAUUGUGGUUCCAAUGUCAUCCACCAUUACUACUGUGAUCAUCCUCCACUGCUCCAGUUGGCCUGUGCCAACACGUCCUUUAAUGUAACAGUAGGGUCUUCCAUGGCUGCCUUUCUCAUUUUGAUAAGUUUUACGUUAGUUGUUAUAUCAUACAUAAAGAUUAUUAUAGCCAUCCUGAAAAUCAGUUCCCACGUUGGUCGUAAGAAAACAUUUUCUACCUGCGCCUCUCACUUUGCAGUGGUGAGUUUAUUUUUCCUGCCCCUUAUCUUCAUGUACGUUCGUCCAACAGCCUCCUACUCAUCUGACGUGGACUCUUUGGUGGCCUUUUUAUAUACCGUAUUAACUCCCAUGAUGAAUCCCUUUAUAUACAGCCUGAGAAACAAGGACAUCAAAGAGGCUUUCCAGAGGAAAAUAAGCUGCAAAUAUUCUAUUUCUAACAUGGAAUAG